AUGGAUCCUUACGCACAACAGGCUUUAUAUCACAACUCCCACUACACAUAUCCUAGUAUCAAUCAAUCCACCCUUCAGCCACCUGGUGUCGAUGGCCAUUCCAGACUUCCCUCACCAUCGGUAGAUAACCUAUGGCUCCGAUCCUGGCUCAGGCAACGGAAAUACUCUCCGCCUCAACGUUUGCCAACUCUCUCGACAAUUCGACGGAAAUACCUUCGUGCACCUGAGCUGUUGAGUGAGCUGAAGAGAAAAGCACAAGAGUUACAGAAUGAGAGGGAGGGUGAAGAAAAAGAAGAAGAAUGGAGCAAACGAAUUGCGGUGAUCGAGAAACUCAAGAACGAGUUGAAGACGCUCAUGUCGGAAUUGUCCGAUCCUUUUUUUAUAAACCGUCUCAAAGAAAAAUUAUCCAAGAUUCGAAGACACAAGAAAUGGCGCACUCGCCAUGUAAAGCGCCUCCAAUCCGUUCGUGACGAACGUCAAAGACGACGUGAAACUCUUCACAAAUUAAUAGACGAAUGGCGGACAGAAUGGAUUGCCAAAGAGUUGGCUUCGAAGCGCGAACAAGCGCGAAGAAACGAAGCCAUUAAGCGCGUUGAAGCUGCCGAUCAGAAAAAGUUACGGCACAAAGAGUUGACGCUGCUCCUUGAAAAAGUAGGGAAACUCCGUGACAUACGACGAGAACGACUUAAACGUGAAGGUCACUUCUUCCCGGAGGAAGAUAACGAAUUCUUCUCCCGCGUUGCAUCACUUUCCAAUGCAAUGAAGAUUGAACAAGAGCGUCUUGAUAAAGAGCAUUUGCAAGCGGUACAGAAUAAGCGCGAGGAAGGAAUUGAAGAGGGAAUGAAAAAGCAAGAACGGGAGAGAGAUUUGUGUUACGAAUAUUGGCAUCAGGCAGAAAUGGAGAUUGACUGCUUGGUAGCGGUAAGGCGUCAAUGGGAUGCUUAUUUAGUUCCGCCAAGUGCGCCAGGUGCAUCACGUAUACCACCGACAUUUGUGAUGCCUGCACCACCAGCAAAUUAUAUAUGGGCCUCUUGUCUUCAACAUGGAGGAGAAAAUUGA